AUAAAUAAAUAAGUGUCCUUCAGGUCGGAUUCCCCUUCUGCGAACGCAACGCCAAUAAUAAACCUAAUUCGAUCGGGGUAGUCGGAGAAUUGAUGGGCCGAAUCGGAGAUCUGAAAGGGAAAUAAUUCGUGAUUUUUCUAGCUCAUCGGUGUUGACUGCUUCUGAUAAUUUCUGGUUCUUCUUUGAAUCGAAUUGCCGAGUCAUUGUACCCAGGGCGGAGCUAGACUAAUUCCAGUUUGACAAAUUAAAGCUUUGUUGGUGGAAGAACCAAAGGAACCAUUUAGAAAUCUGGAUCUCUUAACCUUGGUGUCAUUCUGAAGCUGUUAUAUAAUGGCAGAUAAGUCCUGUGUAAAGCGUCUUCAGAAGGAAUAUAGAGCACUCUGCAAAGAGCCGGUUUCCCAUGUUAUGGCUCGUCCUUCACCAAAUGAUAUCCUUGAGUGGCAUUAUGUGCUUGAGGGGAGCGAUGGAACGCCAUUUGCAGGUGGAUAUUACUAUGGGAAAAUCAAGUUUCCUCCGGAGUAUCCAUUCAAGCCUCCCAGUAUUAGCAUGAUUACUCCCAAUGGACGGUUUAUUACACAAAAGAAAAUAUGCUUAUCCAUGAGUGACUUUCAUCCAGAAAGUUGGAAUCCAAUGUGGUCUGUCUCGAGUAUACUUACAGGACUUUUGUCAUUCAUGAUGGAUAACAGUCCCACCACUGGCAGUGUUUCAACUACUGUUGCUGAAAAACAACGGUUGGCAAAGGCUUCUCUCGCUUUUAAUUGUAAGAGUCCGAUUUUCAGAAAGAUGUUCCCAGAGUAUGUAGAGAAGUACAAUGAGCAACAACAUGCUGAACAGUCUGUUUUGAAGCAGUCGUCUUCUAUUUUACCCCCAGAAGAAGGCCCAAAUUUCUUGCAUGAAACACCUGGAAAUGACACAGGACCAGAGGACCAAAAUAGAGGAGAAACCCUAAAUGACAUAAGAAACAACAAGGGUUCAGAUAAAUUUCCCUUCUGGAUGUUGCUAUUGUUGGUUUCCAUCUUUGGCGUUGUGAUGGCCUUGCCUCUGCUCCAACCUUGACUUGAACUUUGAAGGAAGUAUGAUGUCAGUUUAGGUACAAAGUCAUUAUGUUUAUUGGCGUAAUUUGAGGGUAAAUGGGGUCAUGUAUCAUGUAACUAACAGAAGUGAGAGGGGAUGGAACGUUGUUGCAUUUUCUGCAGCUUGUCAGUCACUUUAAUCUUUGAUUGGUCUGGGGUUCAUUUUGGACUUUGCCAUUUUCUGCUACCGACACUAAAUGUAACUGGAAUGGGAAAUUUGGUAAAAGUUAGUAUACCAUAAGUGCACUAUUGGAUGAA